GGAGCCGGCUGACAGGGAGUGAUCCCCUCACCAUCGUCUUUCUGUCAUUUACACCCGUCUGCUUUUAUCUCCAAAUGCUGUAAUUUUCACCAAAAAAACCUGUUUGCUUUGCUCGUGUCUAGACCUGAGGCCAACCUAACAUAAAAGCUCUGCGAUGGCGACCUACCAGGAGUUCAUCCAACAGAACGAGGACAGGGAUGGGGUGAGAUUCAGCUGGAACCUGUGGCCCUCCAGCCGCCUGGAGGCCACCAGGCUCGUGGUGCCCGUCUCCUGCCUCUUCACACCGCUAAAGGAGAGGCCCGAUUUACCGCCGGUCCAGUAUGAGCCGGUGCUGUGCAGCCGGGCCAACUGCAAGGCCGUGCUCAACCCCCUAUGCCAAGUUGACUUCAGAGCCAAAAUAUGGGCGUGCAACUUCUGCUUUCAAAGGAACCCAUUCCCUCCCUCUUAUGCAGGAAUAUCAGACGUGAACCAGCCGGCUGAACUCAUGCCACAGUUCUCUACCAUCGAGUACAUAGUGCAGGUAAAUAUUACACAUGACAUGCCGGGGGCCCUGCCUGCCAAUCAGACGGUGAAGCUGUCCUUACCGAGGGCCUCCAGCCUGAACGAGAACGUGGACCACAGCGCUCUGCUCAAACUGGGAGCUGUGGUCUCAGAGAGGGUCAACCGCUUCGACUCUAAACCCGGCGCAGAGGCGGGGGGGUUCUCCAAACUCCAGGAGACCAGAAGGAUCUUCGAGCAGCGGACUCUACAGGAGAUGCUUGGUCUAAAGCCCGCCGCAACAGGACAACAAGGGCGCCCACAGGCCGCUCAGGAUGCUGAAGCCACUUGCAAGUUCCUUCAGCCCGUGCACAGAGUCGACAUGAACCUGACUGACUUGCUCGGUGAGCUUCAGAGAGACCCCUGGCCCGUCCCUCAGGGCAAACGGCCCCUCCGCUCCACUGGGGUCGCACUGUCGGUCGCUGUGGGCCUGUUGGAGGGUACGUACCCCAACACCGGAGCUCGCGUGAUGCUGUUCAUCGGAGGGCCCCCCACCCAGGGCCCCGGCAUGGUGGUGGGAGACGAGCUGAAACUCCCCAUCCGCUCCUGGCACGACAUCCAGAAAGACAACGCUCGCCAUUUGAAGAAGGCAACCAAGUACUAUGAAGCCAUGGCCAACCGCACAGCAGUCAACGGCCACUGCAUCGAUAUCUACGCCUGCGCCCUGGACCAGUCGGGGCUGCUGGAGAUGAAGUGCUUAUCUAACCUCACCGGGGGGCACAUUGUGAUGGGCGACUCCUUCAACACCUCACUGUUCAAGCAGACCUUCCAGAGGGUCUUCAGCAAAGACUACAACGGAGACUUCCGCAUGGCCUUCGGAGGCGUCUUGGAGGUCAAGACGUCAAGGGAAGUGAAGGUUUGCGGCACCAUCGGACCGUGUGUUUCACUCAACGCCAAGGGUCCCAGCGUCUCAGAGAAUGAGAUGGGUACCGGGGGCACGAGCCAGUGGAAAAUAUGCGGACUCAACCCCUCCACCACUCUGGCCAUAUUCUUUGAAGUGGUGAAUCAGCACAAUGCCCCCGUUCCCCAGGGGGGCCGAGGGGUGAUCCAGUUUGUGACCCAGUACCAGCACUCCAGCACACAGAGGAGGAUACGGGUCUCCACCGUCGCCAGGAACUGGGCUGACGCGCAGACUCAAAUCCAGCACAUCGAGUCGUCAUUCGACCAGGAGGCGGCCGCGGUGAUCAUGGCCCGCCUGGGCGUGUUCCGGGCCGAGUCGGAGGAGGGGCCCGACGUGCUGCGCUGGCUCGACCGGCAGCUCAUCCGCCUGUGUCAGAAGUUCGGACAGUUCAACAAAGAUGAUCCGACCUCAUUCAAACUGUCAGAGUCUCUGUCCCUCUACCCACAGUUCAUGUUCCACCUGCGGCGGUCGCCCUUCCUGCAGGUGUUCAACAACAGCCCCGAUGAGUCCUCCUACUACAGACACCACUUUGUCAGGCAGGACCUGACCCAGUCCCUGAUCAUGGUGCAGCCCAUCCUCUACUCAUACUCCUUCCACGGACCGCCAGAGCCCGUCCUCCUGGACAGCAGCAGCAUCCUGCAAGACCGGAUCCUGCUCAUGGACACUUUCUUCCAGCUGGUUAUCUACCAUGGAGAGACCAUAGCCCAGUGGAGGAAGGCAGGUUACCAGGAGAUGGCGGAGUACGAGAACUUCAAGCAGCUGCUGCUGGCCCCCCUGGACGAUGCCCAGGAGAUCCUGCAGGCGCGCUUCCCAAUGCCGCGCUACGUCGACACGGAGCACGGCGGCUCGCAGGCCCGCUUCCUGCUCUCCAAGGUCAACCCAUCGCAGACCCACAACAACCUCUACGCCUGGGGACAGGAGACAGGAGCCCCGAUCCUCACCGAUGACGUCAGUUUGCAGGUCUUCAUGGACCACUUGAAAAAACUGGCAGUUUCCAGCUCAGCAUAGACGUCUCUAUUCCACCAUUUAAGGGAUCCAUCAACAUUUCCUCCGUUUCUGUAAAGUAGACAAACCCACAGUCUACUGUAUGUGCUUGCUUUUCCUUUCCGGAGUCACAUGUGACAUAUCCAUGCUACAAAACGAACAGAAAAAAAUAGCACAUUCCUUGAAAGACAAUUUUACUCAUUUUCAUUUCCAUGUUAUUUAUGAGAAACGGCUCCACACUGUCCUCAUGCAAGCAAUAUCACAUGCUCCAUUUCUCUUUUUAUAUUUGACAAGCAGAAUGAUUAGACUGAUAAUUAAUAUUUUUGUUUUCUCUUUGUUUUUUCGACCCAAACAAGUGUCUGCUGCACCCGGCUGACGGUGCUGUUGUAUGUGUUUUUGCUUUGUCUAUAGCUAAAGAUGAUAUGCCUAGAUUUUUCUUAAUAAUAAAUUAUAAUGGUACCUUCUGACGCUGGUUAAGAAAUGCUCACAUUGAUGGCUUGUUAAUCACUUGACAUACUGAUAGGAAAUCCUUCCCGGAUUGAUAGUGUUUUCCGAGAAAAUUCCUUCUGAAUAAUGAGGAUUAAUGUUCCGAGGAAUGGGAGUCAAUCACACCGACUCUGUUGUCAAUGACGAACAUCAUUUCCAUGUAUUUUUAACUUUAUGGGUGGCUCUAUAGUUCAUUCCUCUCAUCCCCGACUCGACACCAUCUGGCAUUUUGCGCCCAAUGAUUUCCCAAGUGUCUUUCUAAUCAAACUUUAAUACACCGUGAGACUGUAUAAAAAGGCAACAGUUGUUUGAUUUAGACCCUGUCUGGAUUUGAAAUGCUAUCCAUUAUAAAGCCCCGUCGACAGAAAAACGAA